AUGGCAACAACUUCAAGAUGGCAGUAUCUCGACAGGAUACGAACGGUCAAGGGCCCUUUCACCGAUGAAGCGUUCGAUGGGGCUGUCGUAGCCGAAACCAUGGACAUUAUGAAGAUUCUCGGGGCCGGCGGCCUUGGGUGCGAGAUACUGAAGGAUCUGGCCCUUUCAGGCUUCAAAGACAUACAUGUAAUCGACAUGGACACGAUCGAUAUCUCGAACCUGAAUCGACAGUUCCUCUUCCGAAAAGAUGACGUGGGCAAGUCAAAGGCAGAAUGCGCAGCGAGAUUCGUCGAACGAAGAGUUAAAGGAGUCAAGAUCACACCGCACAAUAAUCGCAUACAGGAUUUCGACGAGGACUUUUACAUGCAGUUCGCGAUCGUGGUCUGUGGCCUGGACAGUAUAGAAGCAAGGAGGUGGAUCAACGCAACAUUGAUCAACAUGGUGGAUGAGGAUAAUCCCGAUUCUCUCAAGCCGCUCAUAGAUGGAGGCACAGAAGGCUUCAAAGGUCAAUCGAGGGUCAUCUUCCCUACCGUGACGUCUUGCAUCGAAUGCCAGCUGGAUAUGUUCGCGCCGCGAGCAGCAGUACCCCUUUGCACACUCGCGACGAUACCUCGACAGCCUGAGCACUGCAUUGAGUGGGCACAUGUCAUUGCAUGGGACAAGGAGAAGCCUUUUCCUAAGUUAGACAAGGACGAUCCCGAGCAUAUCACCUGGUUGUUCCAGAAAGCUCUGAUUCGGGCGCAGGAGUUCAACAUCCCUGGUGUCACCUAUUCCCUUACUCAAGGCGUUGUCAAGAAUAUCAUCCCCGCCAUCGCCUCUACCAACGCUAUCAUCGCCGCCAGUUGUUGCAAUGAGGCGCUGAAGAUUGCAAGCUCUUGCGCCCCAUCCCUCGGCAUGGAGGAAAAUUACAUGAUGUACUCAGGCAACGACAGCAUUUACACAUACACUUUCAAACACGAGAAGAAAGACGAUUGUCCCGUCUGCGGAACCCUUGCACGGCCGCUGGAUGUGAGCCCCAAGUGGACUCUACAGGACCUGAUUGAUACGUUGGCAGAGCGGCCGGAGGCGCAGUUGAAGCGGCCAUCAAUCCGAGCGGAAGGCAAGACACUGUAUAUGCAGUCUCCCAAGAGCCUGGAAGAGCAGACGAGGCCGAACCUGGUCAAGACAUUGAUUGACUUGGGACUUGAGAGUGGCUGGGAGAUCUCUGUGACAGAUCCUGCAUUCGUGGCGACAUUCAGGUUCAUUAUCCGUUUCAAGCCAGCCUAGGACGCUCGCAUGAAGUCGGAAGAAAGGCGUAAGACGUCCGAGUCAGAGAAGCGAGAGAGGCCCACGUCCCCGGGGGCAGGGCCGCCUGAAGAUGGAAAGAGGAGAAAGGUAUCUCAAUUGCCAUGUCUGGGCGCGAUGCUGGAGUCAACCAACAUAGACGAUAAAUAGAUCGCCUUACGUUCUUC